CACGGGUACAAGGUGGGAAGAGGAACAGAACCAAAGUCCUGUUUGCUGGAGCAGGACUCGGCAGGUUCAGCUUUAAGCUGGCUGCAGAACCAUGAGUCUGCAUUCAGGAUGGGGGUCAUGGUCAAGUAAAGGGAAUUCAUCACUCUGGACACUCCAUGGACCCCCUGGACACUGUCUGCACUCCAGACACUGUCCAUAUUGGGACACAGUGCACUGGGGCGCCAAGCACUGGGACACUGUUCAUACUCGGAUGCUAUGCACUGGGACAUUGUCUACACUGGGGGACAGGGUCAAGGUCUGCACUGAACACUGUGCACUGGGGUACACACUGUCUGUCAUAGGAACGGAUCUGCACUGGGUCACGGUGCAUUGGGGCACUGUCUGUGCUGGGACAGGGUAUGUAAUGAGACAGGGUCUGCAUUGGGAAACUGUCCAUACUGGGGCACUGUGCACUGGGACACUAUCUAUACUGGGUCAGAGUCUGUACUGGCACACUGUUUAUACUGGGUCAGGGUCUGCACUGGGACUGGGUCUGCAAUGAAACAGGAUCUGCUCUGGGUCAGGGUCUGCACUGGGACUGGGUCUGCAAUGAAACAGGAUCUGCUCUGGAACAGGGUCUGCUCUGGGACAGAAUCUGCUCUGGGGCAGGAUCUGUUCUGGGACAUGGUCUUCUGUGUGGAACUCCUUCAGUACUGCACCAGUGUAUCCGACUACAGCUUUAAGCACAAAUUCUGGUAUUGGACCCAUGGUAUUUCAAUUUACCAAUAAUCCUGUUUAUCUGAACUGCAGGCAAGAUUAUGCAGCUGAAGAAACACCCUGCUGCUGAUCCUGCAAAACCACCUCCCUGGACCUUGUAAAGGGUUAAAUAUUUACUAGUUUGCUGCAGGGAAUUGACAACCUGGACAUUAGGUGUAACAAGCACGCCUCCUCCGUGUUACUGAAAUGCUUCUCAUUCACUAGGCACUCGCCAACACUGAUAAUGAAGGGGAAGCACAAUGAAGACUGAUUCCCAUCUGGAAAUGAAGGUCAUCAUAACAUUUACAUUGCGUUACAAAUUGCCUGGAAUAACAAAUAAUUCUAUUCUCUGUGAACAUCAAAACUUCUCCCCCAAAUAUUUAGAUGCAAAUUUUCAGGACUUGCAACUUUUGUAUUUGAAUAUUCUUAAUUCGUGUUAUCGUACUGAUUCCAAUUUGCUUUAGGCAUUGGUAUUGUUCCACAGUUAGUGUGAGACUUUGAGAGGGCAGGUCAUGGGUGAAGAUUCAGCGAAAAUAACCUUCUCACUCUGGGAUUACAUUCUCUUCGCCGGGAUGUUCCUGAUCUCUGUUGCCAUUGGGAUAUUUUUUGCAUUUCGCGAACGAGGGAGGAAGAAGGUGGAGGAGUUUUUCACCGGGGGGAGGCAGAUGUCAGCGCUGCCUGUGGGUCUCUCGCUCUCUGCCAGCUUCAUGUCAGCGGUUCAGGUGCUCGGCGUUCCCGUGGAGGCAUACAAUUACGGGAUCAAGUUCCUGCAGAUGUGCCUGGGACAGACGCUGAAUGCCAUCCUCACUGCCUAUCUCUUCCUGCCCAUCCUCUACCGCUUGGGAUUAACCAGCACCUAUGAGUAUCUUGAGCUACGAUUCAGCAGGGGACUACGACUGUGUGGGACAUUGCAGUUCUUGGUCGCGACGGUCCUGUACACGGGGAUUGUCAUUUAUGCUCCUGCGCUGAUAUUAAACCAAGUUACUGAGCUGAACAUUUGGGUUUCCCUGUUAUCUACAGGAAUCAUCUGCACAUUCUACACAACUGUGGGUGGGCUGAAGGCUGUGGUCUGGACUGACACCUUUCAAGUCAUCACCAUGAUGUCUGGCUUUCUUGCUGUCAUCAUCCGGGGCACCUAUUUAGCAGGAGGAACAGGCAAAGUUCUGGAGAGUGCGCACAAUGGGUCCAGGAUCAAUUUCGGAGAUUUUGAUCCAGAUCCCAGGAGACGCUAUACGUUCUGGACGUUUGUGCUGGGUGGGACGGUGAUGUGGCUAUCGAUGUACGGGGUCAACCAGUCGCAGGUCCAGCGCUACAUCGCUUGCAAAACAGAGAAGCAAGCUCGUCUGGCCAUCCUGGUCAACCAGCUGGGCCUCUGGACGAUCGUGAGCAGCGCGGCGUUCUGUGGCAUCAUCGCCUUCGCACUGUAUCACGACUGUGACCCAGUGAGCGCUGGCCAUGUCACUACACCUGACCAGUUGAUGCCAUACAUGGUGCUGGAUAUUUUCAGAGACUACCCCGGAGUUCCAGGUCUGUUCCUCGCUGCAGCCUUCAGUGGAACAUUGAGCACCGUUUCUACCAGUAUUAAUGCAAUGGCAGCAGUCACUCUGGAGGACAUCAUCAAGCCCAGGGUGAAAACCUGGUCUGAAAGGAGGUUGAUCCUGAUAUCAAAGGGGCUCUCCUUGUUGUAUGGUCUGGCUUGCAUCAUCUGUGCUGCUCUGGCCUCUCUCCUUGAAGGAGGAGUUUUGCAGGGCUCCUUCACGGUUAUGAGUGUCAUCAGUAACCCUUUGCUGGGGGUGUUCAUCCUUGGAAUGUUCCUGCCAGCAGCCAACACCAUGGGGGUAUUUUCGGGCUUGGCGGCCGGCUUCGCGAUAUCCUUGUGGCUUUCCAUCGGGGGCAUCCUGCACCCGCCGAGCCCUGAGACCAUGGGUGCACUGCCAUUCCACACAGACAGCUGCAAUGGUUCCUACAGGUCCAACACUUCACUCAAUGGCCAUGACACAGGAGGACAGGGUCCAGAGCCAUUGGGCAGGGCCGCUGAUAUUCACCAGUUCUAUGCCUUGUCUUACCUUUAUUAUGGAUUUCUGGGAACAAUAGUCACCAUAAUUAUUGGAAUUGGAGUCAGUUAUUUAACAGGGCCAACGAGGAGGGAAGACAUCGGCGCGGGCCUCCUCUGGUGGGAUCUUUCCAAAGAGAAACCGUCCUGUGCAGAAACCAAGAAACUACAAGUGAAAAAUGUAAAGCACGGUUCCUCACCAAUGCAAAAACAAUCGGCAGCGUCAACUCUUCCAUAUAAGGACGAGACGGACAUCGAUAAGCCAGGCUCACCGGCCAAGGAAUGCUCGCAAAGGAAUUCUAUCACAGAUGAAAGCAACUCCUUAGCCGAGGCAGAGGUUUACCUGCCCCCACUGGCGGAAACCUGUGUGUGAAUCAGAAGCUAAGCUGUGGAGAGUUCACUGAGACCUUGCGGGUCUACCAGAUGUAUUAGUACCCACUUAGUGCCACCCUGCGGGGCACUUAUUCCUCAUGGCCCCCCUCGGUCCUCCAGUCUGAACACUACAUGUCCCGUGCUCUUUAAGAAAGCUGCUUGGGUUGUUCAAUGCUCUAUUAAAGGAUAUAAUUUACAUAGUAUUCAAAGUAAAUGUACAGGAAUGUUCGUCUCCAAGCCAGCAGGCUUUUGAGAUUAUUAUCCCAUCCAGGCUCAUCUCAAAACUCAUGGAACUUGGAGUCAGCACUCACCUCUGCAACUGGAUCCUCAACUUCCUGACCAACAGACCACAUUCAGUGAGGAUAGGUGACGAAUCAUCCUCUACAUUAAUCCCCAAUACUGGUGCCGCACAGCGAUCCGUUCUCAGCCCCCUUCUCUACUCCUUAUACACUCAUAACUCUGCAGCCAAAUACCAAUACAACUCAAUUUACACAUUCGCAGACAACACCACCAUUGUGGGCCAGAUAUCAACUAAUGACGAGAUGGAGUACAGGAAGGAGAUUGAGAACGUCCUAACCUAAUGCCAAGGCACAGUAGAUUGUGAUCAACUUCGGGAAGCAAAGUGGCACACUUAAACAUUGGUGGUGCUGAAUUAGAAAUGGUUGGAAGCUUCAGGAUUAAGACUAUAUAUCACCAGCAAUUUGUCCUGCACCUAGCCACAAUAAAACAAUGGCCAAGAAAGUACACCCACGUCUCUAAUUCCUAAGAAGGCUUAGGAGGUUUGGCAACAAACAUCACCAACUUCUACAGAUGUGCCGCUGAAAGCAUUUUAAUCAGAUGUAUCACAGCCUGAAUUGGGAAAAGCUCCAUCCAAAACCACAAGACAUUGCAGAGACUUAUGGACAUAGCCCAGACCAUAACAUCAUCAAACGCCCUUCCAUUGUCUCCCUUUAUUCUUCACGCUGCCUAGACACCAGCAUAAUCCAUUGUCUCACCUUGGUCACUCUCUCUUCUCCCCGCUCCCACCAAACAACAGGUGCAGAAGCUUGUGAACGCAUACCUCCAGAUUCAGGGACAGUUUCUUCCCUGCUGUUACCAGGCAACUGAAUCGUCCUCUCACCAACUAGAGAGCAGUUCUACCCACCCGUCUACCUCAUUGGAGACCUUCAAAUGAUCUUUAAUCAGACUUUACUGGACUUUAUGUUGCACAAAACGUUUAUCCUGUACAUUUAUACCCGUUAUCCUGUAGCCGUACACUGUGGAUGGCUUGAUAGUAAGCAUGUAUAGUCUUAUCGCUGACUGGAUAGCACACAACAAAAAGCUUUUCACUGCACCUUGGUACACAUGUCAUAAAUAAACUCAACU